AUGGUAAGCCAAGGUAUCUCCCCAGAUAUCUACACCUUCACUGUCUUGGUUGAUACACUCUCUAAGGAAGGGAAGGUUGAGGAAGCCAAAACUGUGCUUGACGUGAUGAAUCAAAGAGGAAUUCAAUCUGACAUGAUUACAUACAGCUCGCUUAUGAACGGUUACUGUCUGCAAGGAGAAAUGGAUCAGGCGAGACAAGUUUUCGAUCUAAUGAUUAGCAAGGGCUCUAUGGUCGAUGUUCAUAGUUGCAGUAAAUUGAUAAAAGGAUAUUGCCAGAGUGAAGAGGUCGAUCAGGCUCACAAAAUUUUCCAGGAAAUGACCUGUUGGGAGCUUGUUCCAAACACUGUCACUUUUAACACUCUUAUUGAUGGUUCCUACAAAGCAGGGAGAAUCCGAGAUAUGCAGAAAAGCACUAGAAUUGAUCAGAGAGAUGGAAGUCAACAAGUUGGAGCUAAAUAUCGUAGGGCUACAAUACUAUCAUCGAAGUUGAAGCUGAGAAAUUGUUAUCCGAAAUGGAGGAGAAAGGCUGUUUGCCAAAUGGUUGUGCCUACAACACAAUUAUCUGGGGUUUUAAAUAACAAUGAGAUCUCAAAGGCUACGGUACUAAUGAAAGAAAUGCGUAAGAAGGGCUUCUCUGGAGAUGCAACAACUAUGAGGAUUGCUGCUUUAUUGUCGAAGGCUAUAGGAGAUCCUGAAUUAUUAGCAUGGCUUAAAGAUUCGGACUGA